AUGGAGUUCAGCAUUGAUAUUAGUAGGAAAGAAAUAUGUUACUUUGUAUCCAGUUUUCCUUAUAUGUGCAGAUAUUUUGUCACCAUCUUACCUGGAGCCGGAUCUCUAAUUGGGCAACGGCUUUCUGACCACCCCCAUGUCAGGAAAUUAGGAUUCACUGGAUCCACCCCUAUAGGCAAGCAGAUCAUGAAAAGCUGUGCGGCGAGCAAUGUGAAGAAAGUGUCUCUGGAGCUGGGUGGGAAAUCUCCCCUUAUUAUCUUCUCAGACUGCGACCUGGACAAGGCCGUCCGAAUGGGAAUGAGCUCCGUCUUCUUCAACAAGGGGGAGAAUUGCAUUGCAGCUGGAAGACUGUUCGUUGAGUCGUCCAUUCAUGAUGAGUAUGUGCGGAGAGUGGUUGAAGAGGUGAAGAAGAUGAAGAUCGGGGACCCUCUAGACAGGUCUACAGACCACGGCCCUCAGAACCACAAAGCCCAUUUGGAUAAACUCCUCGAAUAUUGCCAGACGGGAGUGAAAGAGGGAGCCACACUGGUAUAUGGAGGACAGCAAGUCCCUAGACCAGGUACACUGACACCAAUUGAUAAACUAGACCUAGUAUCAGAUAUGUUCUUAUG